AUGGCAAAGACAAAGAAAGCGUCACAGGGCUCGUCUGGAAAGGACGACACUGAACAAAUCGUCUUAGACUAUUUAAAAAAACAGAACAGACCAUACAGUGCAACUGACAUCUCCAGUAAUCUACAUAACGCCGUGACAAAAACCGCAACCCAAAAAAUUCUCAGUUCUCUCGUCACGCAAGACGAAGUAACUUGUAAAACUUAUGGCAAACAAACUGUGUACGUAAUUAAACAGGACCAAUUUGAAUCUCCAUCAAAUGAUGAACUCGUACAAAUGGAUUCUCAAAUUGAAGCGAUAAAGAACGAGAUUAAUCAAUAUAAAGAGGAAACGAAGCAGCUUCAAUCUGUCUUAUCCGGUCUCAAUAAUUCUCUGACAAAUGAGCAAAUUGAAACAGAGCUUAAUAGUCUUAACGAGGAGAAUGCAAAAUACGAAGAACGCCUGAAAGAAUUGAGAUCUGGCACACGACUAAUCUCGCGCGAAGAAAAGGAAAAUAUCGAUAUGAUGUACGAGCGAAACAGAAAACUUUGGAAAGAACGAAAAAGAAUGUGCAUGGAUAUCUUGGAUCCUAUGUGUGAAAGUAUGGAGAAGAAACCGGCCGAAGUGAUGGAGGAACUUGGGUUGGAAUCGGAUCCUGUUAAUUUUAACGUAGACCCACUCACAAACGUCUCGAUAGUUCGUUUACGAAAAGGUGGCAAACGAUUCGAGGUUGCUUGUUAUAAAAAUAAGGUCUUAGAGUGGAGGAACGGCAUCGAAACAGACUUGGACAAUGUUCUUCAGAUAAAUAAUGUAUUUCUGAACGUGUCAAAAGGACAAGUAGCCCCAAAAGAUGAUUUACAAAAAGCAUUCAAAACUGAAGAUCUAAAUAAGAUUAUAGAAGAGAUUCUAAAAAAGGGUGAAAUGCAAGUAGGCGAAAAAGAACGCUCAAAUCAAAUCGAUAACACGUAUCGUGAAAUUGCGACAAUGGUUGCGGAAAAAUGCGUGAAUCCUGAGACGAAACGUCCUUACACUGUUACAAUGAUUGAGAAAGCGAUGGGUGAGCUACACAUAUCUGUGAAGACGAAUCGAAGUACAAAGUCUCAGGCAUUAGACGUCAUCAAACAGAUUCAAGAAAAGAAAAUCAUCCCAAUUGCCCGUGCACAAAUGCGGCUACGAAUAACGAUACCAAAUGUAAAAGAGGGGAAGAGAAUCCGGGAGAAAUUGGUUCCGCUUAUUGCACAAACUGAAGAUGAGAAUUUCGACGGAGAUGAAUAUGAGCUGUUAUGUACUAUUGAUCCAGGACAGUACCGAGCCAUUAGUGAAUUGUUACAGAAUGAUACGAAAGGAAAGGGCCAAUUGGAAUUAUUAUCGCUAAAUGAUACAAGUGAAGGGGAUAUACAAUUGUAA